CACGUAAAGAAGCAAUGACAAAUCAUAUGCUUAAUCUAUGCCAUAAAAUUUCAGCUGAAAGUAAAAUACUUUAUUCACGUACUGUAAACAAAAAAAAAUCUGAAGAAGUUACUGAAGUUCCUACUCACAAAGCAGUUUUAGUAACUAAUUAUUUUGAUAAAGCUAUUUUAUCAUCGGAAAAAACCAAUGAAUUACAUACUUUGUUGUUACGAGCAUUA